AUGCCACCUCUAUUGCUCCGACCUCAUGCCAGUCUCUCCCACGCCGAAGCUUUGCAGGUAGCUCAACAAGCCCCCGAGUUCCUGCGGAAAAACCCUGCGUCAUACUCAGCAUCUCCAUUGUUCUCGCUAUUCUCUCCUCCAGAAAGCUCCAAGACGUGGACAAUAUACGAAAACCUCUUGCUCGCCUGUCUACGAACUGGUGACUAUACAACGGCGCACCAAUGCCUUGAGAGAUUGGUGGUUAGGUUCGGAGGGAGCGACGACCGCAUUGAAGCGCUCAAGGGCCUGGUGAAGGAGGCCGAGGCGACCGACAACAGCGAGCUUGAAAAGGUGUUGAAAGAAUACGAGGCUAUCUUGGCCAAUGACAACACGAACGUCCCAAUCUCGAAGAGGAGAAUAGCGCUGCUUCGUGCAAUGGGAAGGACAGCCCAAGCGACCGAAGCGCUGGUGCAAUUCCUCGAUUUCGCAACUACCGACGCCGAGGCCUGGGUAGAGCUCUCAGACCUGUACCUGUCUCAGGGUCUGUACCCGCAAGCCAUCUAUGCUCAGGAGGAGGCACUUGUCAUAGCGCCAAACGCGUGGAAUCUCCAUGCCCGCCUAGGCGAAAUCCAGUUCAUGGCUGCCGAGUCUGCCAGCGAGGGUAACCCUCAAGCGUACCUCGCAGAAAGCUUGAAGCGCUUUUGCCGGAGCAUUGAGCUGUGCGACGAUUACUUACGUGGUUACUACGGACUGAAACGGGUCACCGAUAAACUCCUCGACCCGAGCUCGAAGCCAAAGAAGUCAUCAGAUUCGGAUGAGGUGUCCCUGCCCGAAACCUCGACAAUCGAACAGCUCAACCUGGCUGCGACGAAGAAACUCGGCGAUAUUGUGCGAAAGAACGAUGCCAAGGACCCUCUUUGGCAGGGGUACGACGCUGCAGAAGUGGCAGCUGCCCGUGCCUGUCUUUCUCAAUCUUCACAGGACAUUGUGCGAUGA